AUGCGCUACUCCAUCGUCUUCACCACCCUCGCCGCCGGUGCUUCGGCCCACGGCAUCAUCCGCAACAUUGUCGGCGCCAACGGUGUUUCCAUGCCCGGUCUUGGAGUUGCUGAUGGCACGCCGCGCAACUGCGCCGCCAACGCGUGCGGCUCGCAGGCCGAUACGGGCAUCAUCCGCGACGCCGAGAUCGCCGCUGGCAGGAGCCCGAUCGGCUGGACCCAGGGCCACGGCGACACUGACCCGGCCAAGGUCGUCGCCUCCUUCAUGGGCCGCGGCAACGACGUGCCCACCAACAAGGGCGCGUCGGGCGCGACCGGCGUCGAGGACGCCAUCCCCGCCAACAUCCUCACCCAGCAGCGCACCCAGCGCCGCGAGGAGCACCUCAACGAGAUGCGCGGCAUCUUCAGCGGCCUCUUCAACCUGCCCGUCGUCGGCGUCCUCGGCCUCGGCGGCAAGACCAACGACUACCCCGUCGAGACCAUUGUCGGCGACAUGGCCGGCCAGGGUGCCCAGAAGGGCAUGCCCACCAGCAACGACAACGGCGAGGUUAGCCUGAUUUACCGCCAGAUCAACCAGGACGGUGCUGGCCCUCUCACGGCCGCCGUUGACGCCACCUCGGGCGGCAAGGACGGUGCUGCGUUCAAGAGCGCCACCCUGCCCCUCAACAUGCCCGGUGUCGGCAUCUCUGGUCUCUCCAUUGCCACCAACACCGACUUCCCCAUCACCGUCAAGAUGCCCGCUGGCAUGACCUGCGAGGGCGAGAUUGCCGGCGUCAAGAACGUCUGCGUCGUCCGUGUUCGCAACCAGGCCCUUGCCGGUCCCUUUGGCGGUUCCGCCGCCUUUGUCCAGAGCGAGAACGCCCGCAAGCGCGCCAUUGCCUACCGCUUGAAGAAGCGCUUCGUCAUCAACCGCGAGGCUGAGGAGUAA